AUGAAGGAUUUCAUCAUCCUGUCCGUACUUAUUGCCGUCGUGGCCGGUGCUGCCAUUGACUCGCAGGAAAAAACCGUCGAAAAGCGUGACCUGUUCGACGAGCUGGAAGACUACGCCCAAGAGUCCAAGCCGGUGACCAUCACCAAGAAGGUCCCGGUGCCGUACCCGGUCAAGGUGGAGAAGAAGGUGCCCGUCUACAUCGAGAAGAAGGUCCCCGUGUACAUCACGAAGAAGAUUCCGGUGCCCGUCGAUCGGCCAGUGCCCGUGCCGAUCAAGGUUCCGGUCAAAAUUCCCGUCGUGCACAAGCAGGUCGUCCGAGUUCCCAAGCCGUACCCGGUCAUCGUGAAGAAGCCGUACCCGGUGUUUGUGAAGAAGCCCGUCUACGUGGAGAAACCGGUGGAACUGACGCUCCACAUUAAGAAGAAGCAGAAGCAUUAG